AUGAAUGCGGACCAUCACCUGCAACAGCAGCAGCAACAGCGACAACAGCAUCAACAACAACAGCAUCAACAACAACAGCAUCAGCAUCAGCAUCAACAGCAGCAGCACACGAUAUUACAAAAUGUGUCGAACACUAACAAUAUCGGCAGCGAUUCGCUGGCGUCACAGCCUUUCAACACGACUACUGUUUCCUCUAACAAGGACGACGUUAUGGUGAACUCUGGGGCAAGAGAACUUCCAAUGCCCUUACAUCAGCAGCAGUAUAUAUACCCUUACUAUCAGUAUACAAGUAAUAACAGUAACAACAAUAAUGUGACGGCUGGUAACAAUAUGUCUGCGUCGCCGAUUGUCCAUAACAACAGCAACAACAGCAACAACAGCAAUAUUUCUGCUUCUGAUUACACUGUCGCAAACAACAGUACUAGCAAUAAUAACAAUAAUAAUAAUAAUAACAACAAUAAUAACAAUAAUAUUCACCCAAACCAGUUUACUGCGGCCGCAAAUAUGAACUCAAAUGCUGCAGCGGCUGCUUAUUACUCCUUCCCCACUGCGAAUAUGCCAAUACCGCAACAGGAUCAACAAUAUAUGUUCAAUCCUGCUUCAUACAUAAGCCAUUACUAUUCAGCAGUUAACAGCAAUAACAAUGGUAAUAACGCCGCUAACAAUGGCAGCAACAACUCUUCUCACUCAGCCCCAGCCCCGGCCCCCGGUCCACCCCAUCACCAUCACCAUCAUAGUAAUACACACAACAACCUCAACAAUGGUGGUGCUGUAAAUACAAACAACGCUCCUCAGCACCAUCCAACGAUAAUAACGGAUCAAUUUCAAUUCCAACUACAACAAAACCCUUCUCCAAAUUUGAAUCUCAAUAUUAACCCGGCACAACCUCUGCAUCUACCUCCUGGUUGGAAAAUAAACACUAUGCCGCAACCACGUCCUACGACAGCACCUAACCAUCCCCCUGCGCCGGUGCCUUCUUCGAACCCUGUGGCCUCGAACUUGGUUCCUGCCCCAUCAUCAGACCAUAAAUAUAUCCAUCAAUGCCAAUUUUGUGAGAAGUCUUUCAAAAGAAAAUCAUGGUUGAAAAGGCACCUAUUGUCACACUCGCAACAAAGACAUUUUCUAUGCCCUUGGUGCUUAAGCAGGCAGAAGAGAAAAGAUAAUCUUUUACAGCAUAUGAAACUCAAGCAUACAAAUUAUUUAUUAGACGAACUCAAGAAAAACAACAUCAUCUUUAACUACAACAAUUCUUCCUCCUCUAAUAAUAACAACGACAAUAAUAAUAAUAAUAACAGCAAUAGCGCUAGCGGCAGUGGCGGUGCCGGUGCCGCGGCGGCAGCAGCAACAGCUCCCGAAAAUGAAGAUGGAAACGGUUACGAUACAAACAUCAAGACUUUAAUCAAUGAUGGUGUACUGAAUAAGGACGACGUUAAACGUGUUUUGAAUAACCUUAUUGUUAGUCACAACAAAUAG